GAAAGCGAGAGGAAGCGACUGUGAUGUUCCACGCUGGAUGCUGACUGUUUUCAUUUCGCUGUCGGCAAGGAAGGUGAAACUGGAACCCUCGCUGCGACAGUGUGAAUGGGCAGAGGCAGCUGAUCUCACGAGAUUCUAAGCUGACGAUUGAUCGUCGUUCUGACACCGUGGGAGAGCUGACGAGGAGGUGGAAGGAACGCUCAGUAGAAUUGAGAGCCAUAAGGAGAGGAGAAGCAGAAGGUGAUAGCUGGAGCAUGGCCCCUCGUAAGAACAAUAACCACGGCGGGACCGGAGGCGGCGCCGGCGACUUGCAGGGGCUGAACGGCAUCGACCCAGAGACCAUCGAAAACCACGACGCCAAUGUGACGCGCUGCUGUGUCCCCACCGGCGAGUGUCUAAGGGCCACCGCCACCAACAACAACGACAGUUCCAUCAAUUUGGAGGACUUGCGGGACUGCGUAAAGGUCACUUGUAACAAUGAUCACUGCACAGUGGGCCAGUACAUGCACCGCGAAUGCUUUGACGCUUGGGAGCAGACGGUGCUGACUUAUCUGAAGACGUGCGGCCGAGCGCGUUCCUGGUCGGAAAGACAGCGCCACCAGAACCUGUGGACCAAGAAGGGGUACGAUCUGGCCUUCAAGGCGUGCGGCUGCCUCUGCGGCCGUGGCCAUCUGAAGAAGGACCUCGACUGGUCCCCGCCCAUGCCAAACAACGCCGGCUGCCAAGACGACUUCGAGAAGAAGAAAAAGCGACGCAACCGCCAGAACACCCGCCCCUCGCUGGCGUCCUCUGCCAAUGGACACCAUCUACACGGCAACAUAAAUCUCAACAACAAUAACAAUAGUAACAACAACAAUAAUGUAAGAGGAGGCGCCGGCAGCGACGCCCAGAACAUCGGCACCGUUCACCACGGUGAACUUCGGGGCAGGACUGGGUCGCUUUCUUCCAGCACUGGCUCCUCGUCGCCACCGACCUCCAGCGAGACGUCCGUCUCACCCGCCCACAUCGGGCACAGCAGUUCCGGACAUGGCGGUGGUAAGAAGAAGUCGAAGUUCGAGUUCUUCUCUGACAGGACCAGGGCGGGUGCCGGCGGCAAUGGCAUCUUCUCCAGGCGUCAAGAUUUUAGCUCCUUCAACUCACUGCCACGCCACAAACUCAACUCCUACCACAUCAAGAUGGAGGACGAGGGCAACCAUGGCAACGACGAGACGCGCUGCUUCAUAUUGUCGACUCUGGCGGCGCUGCACACGUCCCGCGUGUGCUGCAUCUUGUGCCAGGCGUCUCUGCCCGUGUUCGAUCGCUACCCCCUCAUCGACGGCACCUUCUUUCUCAGCCCUCGGCAGCACGCCAGGUUCUGCAUACAGGUGAAGGUGGAGGGCCGUACGCAGUACCUGUCGGCGGUGUGCAUGGCAUGUCUCGAGGGCUGGGGUCCCGGACGCGGCAUCCGCUGCCGCUUCUGCGGCACCGCCUGGGACGGCUCCUCCCUCGUGCUGGGCACCAUGUACUCUUACGACAUUUUCGCCGCCAUGCACUGCUGCAUUGAGCGCUCCAAGUGCAACAACUGCCAGAAGCCAAUGCUGCAUCCCCACCAACGGCUCAACUUCUACUCUGACUACAGCCACUCCGUGCCAUGCCCACAUUGCAGGACAGUGGAUGCACAUUUUGUGAAGCCACUGGCCUACUGUUAUGCCCGAAGCGUGCCACAGCAGCCAUGGUCUUAACAGUGCUCGCAACAUAGGAACUCACGAUUACCGUCUGCCCUCCUGCCACAAGUGGGGCUGGGCUACUACUGGGGCUGUUAUGCGACUUGGAAACUAAUGAUGUUGAAGAAAGAGAGAGCAUUCUAAUAGAUGUUAUUGAAGUGUAAAGGAGUCUAUGUUUCAUUUAAUAGUGAGGAAAAUUUUUUGAUAAUUGUAUUCCAGAAUUAGAGUUUUAUGUGGAUUUUUCUGUGGCAACAUUGUGUAGAAUACCAGUGCCACAAGAAAGAUUAAGUUUUGUGUUGCAGAAAUAUCAUCAAUAUCAUUGUUCUUGUGCUCUCGAAAUUGCCCCAGUAGAAGACUUUUGAAAUUAAUAUUUUUUGGCAGUCCUCACUUCUUUUGUCAUUUUGUGGCAUGAAUAACGCCUACAACUUCUGUUUGUACUGAAGGUCAGUCUCUUAUUAUUUUCUGACAUGUAGUGUUUGUGAGAUGCUUCUCCUUGUUUGAAAUUUUAUGAUAGGUAAUAAAUUUGGAUACUACUGCCGUGUUGUGUAGUUUAGUGCCAGAUGUUUGUCGUUUUCUCUAUGUAACUGUAUAUUUAUCUCAUGGUAGAUGUAUAUUUUAAUGUCGAAAAUGACGUGUCAAAGUGAGGUAACUUGCAAAACGUUCUUAUUUUCAAAAGAUCUUUAUAUAUGAAAAAAUUAUGAACUGAAACACCUUGGUAUGUUUGCAGUGUGUUGUAAAGUUACCGCUUUUGGAGAGGUAUAUGCUAAAUGGUUUUUCCUCAUAGUGAUUUUUUUAUUGAAAGUGGGUUUGAUUAACAUUAAGUACAAAUAUUGGACUUUGGGAUUUAUUAGCAAAUAUUAGCAUUGGUGGAGCAAAGCACAAAUUUUAAAUAAUGUAUUUCCUCUGACAUAUGCGUAAAAUGUGGAAAAUUUUCUGCUGCUAAUUUGUAUGUAUGCCUUGCUUAUUUAAUAAUGACAUUUUUUUGUUAUUUCAGAGAAGUUGUUAAGUUGGUACUUGUAGAGUUACAAUUUAAAUAAAAGUAAAUUAGUCUGUAAUUGACCUGCCAUGUAUUUGUCGACUGCUUUAUUCUAGAACCAAUGCUGGUAUUAUUUGUCCCACUGCUAUAGUAAGUCUGGUAAACUGUAAGUUCAUGUAGAGAUAAGACUGCUUAAUUUUAUAUGUUUUAUAUCAAUGUUUCUGUUUUCUUGUAAAUGAAAGAAAUCAUACACACUGGUAUGAACGUCAGUUUUUGUGUUGAAAUGUAGCUCACAUCCGCAUUUGAUGGAAGUGCUUUGAAUGAAGAGAAUGUUUUACUAACUACACAGAUAAAUUUUGUGACUAUUGUUUAUAUUUCAAUUGUAAAUGUCAGCAGAUGAAAGUUUAUAUGUCUGUAUCUAUGUAUAAAUAAACAAAAUAAAGAGGAGAGUGUAAGACGUA